AUGGGACCUGGAGCACCGAUAGGCCCACUACCGCAGGGCAGGGGAGGAAGACUGUCCCAAGAGGAAGAGGCGCAGUGUGCGAACUGCGGCGCCAAGAGAACCCCAUUAUGGAGACGAGGUUUGGGUGACGAGCUGAAUUGUAACGCCUGCGGGUUGUAUGUCAAACAGCAUAAGAAGCCUCGUCCACUCAAUCUUCAGCGGGACGCAAAUGCGGCAUACAAGAACGGUGCAGGCGGGAGUGGGCAGCCUCAAGAGCCAACCCGCUGUUCGAAUUGUGACACGACGAACACGCCGUUGUGGAGAAAAGACGCAGACGGAAGUACGCUGUGCAACGCUUGCGGGUUGUAUAUGAAGCUCCAUGGCGCGCCACGACCUCGCUCGCUGCGCAGCGAGACGCCUAAGAAACGCACACGC